AGCUGCGUUUGCGUUGUUUCCGGAAGUAGAUCAAAUUGAUUUUCACACUGCAUUUUAUACGAUCAAGAGAAAACAAGAUAUUUAUUAUUUCUAGAGUAAUCAGUAAAUAGAGGGUAGGCUUAGUUCAAUGUAGAAUAUGUCAAUAAUGUCAAACAAACACUUUGACGGGAGUGUUUGAGACAAGCUUUAUAGAGCUGAUGCUAUAUUUUCUUAAAAAAUGAACUCUGCAAUUUACUGCAACUGAAAAGAUUGUGUUUAUGAUUUGUAACUUUAUGAGACGGAUAUGGCCGUUGGUCAUGAUGUGUUAGUUGUGUUGCUGGCGGUAAUAUGCUGUGUUGGAGAGUGCAAGAAGAGGAAUGUUCUUCUGAUUAUCGCGGACGACGCAGGCUUCGAGACGUCGGUCUAUAAUAACACCGUGGUCCGUACGCCUCACCUAGCCGCCCUGGGUCGACGCAGCCUGGUGUUCCAGAAUGCCUUCACCUCCGUUAGUAGCUGUUCUCCCAGCCGAUCCACCAUACUGACAGGCCUGCCGCAGCAUCAGAAUGGUAUGUACGGCCUGCACCAGGGAGUCCAUCACUUCAACUCGUUUGACGGAGUACAAAGCCUACCUCUACUGCUGGGCCAAGCUAACAUACGCACAGGGAUCAUUGGGAAGAAACACGUAGGCCCUGGCCCUGUCUAUCCCUUUGACUUCGCCUACACAGAGGAAAACAACUCUGUACUUCAGGUGGGUCGGAAUAUCACCCGGAUCAAACUACUGGUCAGGAAGUUCUUCCAGACCCAGAGAAAGGAAGAGGAAGAGAGACCGUUCUUCUUGUAUCUAGCGUUCCAUGACACCCACCGCUGUGGACAUUCCCAGCCGCAGUACGGAGCGUUCUGUGAGAAGUUUGGGAACGGCCAGAGUGGAAUGGGGAGGAUUCCAGAUUGGAAGCCAGAAUACUACACCCCAGACCAAGUCAAGGUGCCCCACUUCGUCCCAGACACCCCUGUAGCGAGAGCUGAUUUGGCUGCCCAGUACACUACAGUUAGCAGACUGGACCAGGGUAUUGGUCUGGUGCUGGCUGAGUUGAGGGAGGCUGGUUAUGAGAAUGACACCUUGGUGAUCUACAGCUCUGAUAACGGUAUCCCUUUCCCCAACGGACGCACCAACCUGUACGGAUCAGGCACCGCAGAACCCAUGUUGGUGUCAUCACCUGAACACAGGGAGAGAUGGGGAGGAACCAGCCAGGCCUACGUCAGCCUACUGGACAUCACCCCCACCUUACUGGACUGGUUCUCCAUCCCGUACCCCUCAUACUGCCUCCCCGGCACCUCUACCACCCCUGUCAGCCUCACAGGCCGCUCCCUCCUCCCUGCCCUCAUCGCUGAACCCUCACCCGCCGCCUGGCACACCGUCUACGCCAGCCAGUCCCUCCAUGAGGUGACCAUGUACUACCCUAUCCGCUCCAUCCACCAGGGGGCGCACCGCCUGCUCCACAACCUCCACUACCGCAUGCCCUUCCCCAUAGACCAGGACUUCUAUGUCUCUCCCACCUUCCAGGACCUGUUGAAUAACACCCUGGCCGGACGGCCCACAGGUUGGUUCAAGACCCUGCAACAAUACUACUACAGGGACCGCUGGGAGCUGUUUGACUUGCGGUCGGACCCAGAGGAGACUGUGAACCUGGCUGGGGACCCAGCUCUCGCCCCGGUCCUGGAGAGCCUCAGAGACAGGCUGCUGAAGUGGCAGUGGGACACUGGGGAUCCGUGGGUCUGUGGACCAGACGCUGUGCUGGAGAACAAACUGGAACCACACUGUCGACCGCUCUACAACGGACUCUGACCGCAACUAGACCACAACUGGACCGCAGCUAGACCACAACUAGACCCUGGUUGAUUCACAAUCAAUCAUGUUUAUUUUAUAAAGCCCUUUUAACAUCAGCGGUAGUCACAAUGGGCUUCCUAGUUAGCCGGCCUGAACCUCCACAGAGCAAUCAGUGCAGAAGAAGAAUCCCAGUGGCCAGGAACAUCUACCAAGAAAGAAGGAAUCUAGGAAGUAAGAUGGAGAGGAAUCCGGCUCCUACGAUGGCCCAUCCUUUUCUGGCUGUAACAGGUAGAGGUUAAGAGUACAUGUGGCCAUUAAGAGUACAUGUGGCCAUUAAGAGUACAUGUGGCCAUUAAGAGUACAUGUGGCCAUUAAGGGGGUACUUGGGGGUUUUGUGCAGCCACAACUGUCUUUAUGUUAAUGCGAGUUAUAACCCACGAGUUAUGACUAUAGGGCCAGGAGUUUUGACCAGAAACCGCCUCGUGACCUGAACAGGAAGAACUAUGGGCUAUGAUUAUGAUGACCAUCUAUGGCUGAAAAACAAAUGUGGUAUAGCUUCAGUGCAAAUGUACUGGAUUUCAUACAAUGUAUGUUUUGUAUGAUUUCAGUUUAACAUCUAGAUGUUAUUGAGAUUUUAUGUAUUUUGUAAAAUAAAGUAUUUUCUUGCUUC